AUGCGGCCUGUGGUGAAGUCGUCAAAGGUGGAAGGGGACGAAAAAUCAGCCGGAAAGAGGCCAGAAUCAUCGCGUCAAAAACGUUCAUCUUUGAAAUUUUGGGCGCUCUUGGUCGUAUUCUUGGUCGUUGCAUCAACGAGUGUCAAUCAUGUUUUCCGUGAUGAGAGAAGCGGCGAGAGCAAGAACGGUGAUAAUCACUGCGGCCGUUUGUCGGUGGAAGAAAUUGAAGUCAUCGAGCCUGACGAAAAUUGGGCUUCAAAUUUGCAAAGUCUCGGCUUGAAGCAGGAUUCACCGAUUCGUGUUUUCAGGUACAAGGGGGCCAGUCCCAGAAAGCUUCAUGGCAGGUUUUUGCAUAUCACAGAUAUGCAUCCGGAUCCUUACUACAAAGAAGGAAGUUCCAUUUCGCGCGUCUGCCACAGGGGCAAGCCCAAAGAUGAGAAAGAUUCUGCCGCUAGAUUUGGUGACGCGACUGCUGGUUGCGACUCAUCGAUGGAUUUGAUGAAUUACACUCUCAAAUGGAUAGUGGACAAUCUCCGAGACAAAAUUGAUUUCAUUGUGUGGACUGGCGACAAUAUCAGGCACGACAAUGAUCGGAAUGUGCCCAGAACUGAAGCUCAAAUUUUCGAUGUCAAUGAACAAGUUAGUCACCUUUUCGAAAAGCUUUUUGGAAAGCAUGACAGCAUAGACCCGCAUGAUUUUGACGUGCCCGUGGUCCCCAGUAUUGGCAAUAAUGACGUUUUCCCACAUAAUCUGUUCUCCCUGGGUCCAACUUUGCAAACACGUGAAUUGUACAAUAUCUGGUCGAGUUUUAUUCCUCAAGAACAACAGAGAGCUUUCGCUCGAGGAGCCUCUUUUUUCGUCGAAGUUAUUCCUGGAAAGCUUGCAGUAUUAUCCAUCAACACACUUUAUCUUUACAAGGCUAACCCCUUAGUCGACAAUUGCAAUGGCAAGAAACAGCCAGGCUAUCAACUAUUGCUUUGGUUCGGAUAUAUCUUAGAAGAGCUUAGAAGCCGAGGCAUGAAGGUUUGGCUUUCGGGCCAUGUCCCUCCAAUUUUGAAAAAUUUCGAUCAGAGCUGCUAUGAUAAAUUCACUUUAUGGACCCAUGAGUACAGGGACAUCAUUAUCGGCGGCCUCUACGGCCAUAUGAACAUGGACCACUUUGUACCGGUCAAUUCGAAAAAAGCUUGGAAAUCUGUGACUGAGCAAUCUUUAGCGUUGGCUCAGGCCGAUGAGAUAAGUCAAAGCGAGAAAGACUCUGAGCUUGAUGACGAAAACUGGAUAGGGGACGCUGCUGCUGCAAGUGAUGCACGUUUGAUGGGUGCAAAACCCGUCAACAAAGAAAAUUACAUGGAUGCGGUUCGCGAAACUUACUACAAUAAUAUCGCGUCCAAAAUGAAUAAACAGACAUCUGUCGUCGUCGAAGAACAGGAGGACUUGAUGAAUGUUGAAAAGAAGGUUAAGUGCCAAGGUAAGAAGCACAAGAAGAAAAAAGGUAAGAAGAAAAAGGGAAAAGACGAAAAAUUUUCUUCUGAGGACUAUUGCAUCGUCAAUAUUGCCACUUCAGUCAUCCCCACAUUCAAUCCUGGAUUCCGGGUUUGGGAAUAUAACCUUACCGGAUUGGAAGACAUGUCCGAGACUAAAAUUUACAAGCCAUGGAAUCAAUUUUUCGAAAAAUUGGAAGAGAAGAUCGAAGCCGAGCUUGAAGAUGAUUUGGCACCUAACGGCAGAUUGGGAACGUUCCCUUUGCUAUUCUCAAAUGAGCGACAAAAAAAGCCAGAGAGGAAUCCGGAUAAGAGCAUCCCGUCCAAGAUGCCAAAAGAUAGAAAGCUUGGACCUGGCUAUGAGCCCCAAUUAUUUUCACCGACCAGGUAUGUCCAAUACUAUGCCAAUCUGGAAAAAAUCGACAAGGAUUACCAAAAGGCACUGAAGAAUCACCUCGACCCAGAUGAGGCUGCGUCGCAAGCAUUCAAAUACGAAGUUGAGUACACCUCUGAUUCUGAGCCCUACCCAAUGCCUUCACUACUGACACGUGACUAUCUCGAGCUCGCUCGCAUGCUUUCGGAGGAUGAUCGCAUAUGGCAAACGUUUGUAGCGCGAGCCUUCAGUUUAUCUGGCUACAGGGAUGAAUAA